AAUCGACCACUGGUAACCAUGACAACAUACUUUGUUGGAUCAUUUAUAGGAAUAUUUUUGACUUGGUGUUUUAGCUGAUUAUUUUUCGCAUUAAAAAUGAUGAAACUUCAGAUAUCUAACGAACAAGACAGGAAAGAAGCCCAAAAUAGAGAGAGAAAGAGACAAUGCGAGUUAGAGAGAAGAUCAAGAAUCUUCAAUGCUCGAAAUCGAAAGAUUGGUAUCGACCUACCAUUCUUGGAGCGGCAGGUGGCGGAGAAAAGAGUUGAGAGAGAUGAACAGGAGAAGAAUGAUCUCGCAUUUGCUAAACAAAUGAUCAAGGACAGCAAUUUAGCGGUGGUACUUGAAGCGAGGGAACAAGAGGAGCGACGCCGGAUUAACAUAGAAAUCGACGAGUUUCGAAAGAAUUACCAACGACUGGAAGAUCGCAGGGAGUACGAUCUCAACAACCCUGAUGUCUUGAAAGUUCAGCUGCCACCAAGAGCGUCUGAUGGGGAACCAGUGGGGAUGUCUAGUGCUCAAAAGUUUGAAGGUGAAGAUUUGGAGUAUGAGGAAAGAAAGAAAAUAAUGGCGGAACAGAAAAAUGCUUGGCUGGAACAGCAAGUGCAGGAGAGAAAGGCAGCACAGGAGGAGAGGAAAGCCGCUGAAGCUGCGUAUAUGAUGGCGAUUAAAGCAAGAGACGCGCGCGCAAGUGAGUUAGAUAAACUGGAGAGAGAGUGUCGAUAUCGGCUGGGACAGGCCAACCUACGGUACAACGAAGCAUUGGCAGCUGAAAAGAAACAGCUAGAGCAAAUAAUGAAAGAGCAAGAGGAGGCUGACAACACGGCUGAGAUGUACAACAAUCUAACAUCGGAUAUGCUCACUGAGAACCCUGACGUCGCCAAAAGUGCCCUUGGGAAAAACAGAGCCAUCGGCUUUAUGUACAAGGGGAUGAAUCAGGAAGAGUUGAAGAAAUUUUAUGCUGCGCAAAAGGAACAAAUGGCUGCAGCAAAGGCAAAACGCGAAGCUGAGGAAAAGAUGGAAGCUGAAUGGCAGGCACUCGCAAAAUCCAUACAACGAGAGGUGGCGAGUCAGGACAUCGUUGACCAACGAAAGAGAAGGGAGAUCGCUCGCCAGCUUAUGGAGGAAAAUCAAUUGAUGGCUCUUCAGCAAAAAGAGAAAGAGAAAUACUAUAAAGAAGUAGUCUAUAACAAUACUCCGACUGACGAAUACUAUUCUCAGUUUAAUACUACUACGAGAUAAAUAUGGCAACAUUUAAGUAGAAUUAUUUUGUUUCUGGCAACAAAAUUGUUGUGAAUGCGGAAAGACAUUUUUUAUUUAUUGUAAUUGUUUACCAGAUGCAAUCUGCAAUGUUUUCUUUAUUAUU